AUGGACUUUCAUCUCGUUCCUCGAGGCACCGACCGAAACUACACAGGUUUCCUAACCAAAACCAUUGUUUACAGCGGCACCCUCGUCCUCUUUCUCGCCGCCUUCGGCUUGACAAUAUCCUCCAUCGUGGUUCCGAAAUGGGUCAGCUAUCAUAGUGACAAGUUCCACUACUCCUACGGCUUGCACCGUCGCUGCUCCUCCCUCACCAACGUCUGCGAGAGUUUCCCCCAGCGCGAAGACUGCCAUGGCGAAGACCGCUAUUUCUGCUCCAUGUGGCGCACCGUCGGCUUCCUCAUGUCCUUUGCCGUCGUGCUGCAGGGGAUGAGCGUCGUCGCGUACCUGAUUGUGCUGUCUGGCGGGAAGCGGCUGCGCGAGUCUGGGUGGAAGGUGCUCAGCGUGUUUAUCAUAUUGUCGGCGAUUGUGCAGGCGGCGAGUAUGUCGAUUGUGGUAGGUUGCCCCUCCCCCGGUGUUUCUCUGAGGAAUGGGGUGGUAACGAACUAUCAACAGGCGUAUCUGUUUGAUAACGAGGAUCGCUUCUUUGUCGGCUGGCGGCUAGACGAGUCCUGGAUCUUUUGCAUUGUGAGCUGGUGUCUGAGUAUUUUCUGUGUGGUGGUGAUGAUGCUCGCGGCGAACCAUUUGCCCUCCGAGGGAGGGUACGAGUUGAUCCCGGACCAUUCUUGA